GUUACACUGUUGUCGUGGUCCUUCAAUUAGCAUUCUAAGUGCGUCCCGUUUUCAGCUUUAAGCGAUUAUAUAUUCAAAAUCUUGCAAAACUCGGAGUAGAAAACUCUUAAGUACCCGGCUCAUUAGAAAAUGGAGAUGAGGAGGAGAAGACACACAUUGCUUCUCACUUUCUUAAGUUGUCACCACAUAUGAACGGUAGGUGUAGGGAAACUCAUCACGAGCCCAGGUCGCUGCAUCCCAGUCACGCGGUGCCCCCUAGACCCUAGUCCUCCUCGCUCCACCAGCACUCCAGCAGCAAUCUCUGCUCGCCGCUCCCCUUGGCAGCCAGACAGCCAGUAGCAUCUGCAUCUCCUACGACCUCCGGCCCCCCGAGUUCGUCUUAAACCCCCCAAAACCACCGCCGCGCGCUGUUCCCCGAUCCACGAAAAGGCGCGCCAGGACCUCCCUCCUCAGCUCCAGAUCCUCCUCCUCCCCGCCCGGCCCAGCACCGACUACAAUGGGGAACUCAAUUUCCGCCGCCGGUCCAGCGCUGUGCGCCGCGAUCGGCGCCAUCGAGCUCGUCCACUUCCUGGACCCGCAGCGGACGGGUGCGCGCACCGCGGCAGCCGCCCAAGCCCCGGCGCUCGGCAGCGUGGUCCGGGCCUUCCUCCCGCUGUCCGCGGCGUGGGGAUUCUUCAUCACCUCCGUGGCGCUUAUGUACCGCCACCACCUCCAACGCGCCGGUGCCGCGGCCGCCGGAAACCGGCGCCAGUCGGAGCGCGUCCGCUUCAUGUUGUGUGCAUCCCUUGGCUUCCUCGAGUUCUUUUUGUUCGUCGUGCAGGCUCCAGGUGGAGUUGGCGCGGAUCACGACGUAGCUCGGGAGCUUGGUCGGGCGGCUCUCCGUGCGCUGCCCGCUGCGGCCACGGCGACCUUCUUUUUGAGCAUGCUGCUGAUAAUCGUCGGGCACAUCCGCGCCGGCGGCGAAGGAGGCGGCGGCGCCGUCGCCGGAGACGGACCGAUCGGGGCGCCCGCUGGGCUCCUCGCCAAGAUGUCCAUCGGAUCGGCGGCGGCACUCGUCUGCCUCAUGGCCAUGGCGGCCCUCUACGGCGCCUAAUAAGCUCCUGGAAGAAGAUGCACUGGCUGGAUACCGUCAAGGUUCAUUGCAGGGAUGCCCUGACAUGGCCAGAUUUUAAUUUUUCCAUGAUGAAUUUUGACAUUUGUAAUAAUAUUAAGUCAGGGCUGAUGCCUUGAACUUUUGUGUCUAUUUUUUAUCCAACAACUUCUCUAUGCUUCUGCCACCAUGCAUCUGAUACUAUUUGAUAUGGGACUGUGGGGUGGGUAAUAUGAUGCAAUAAUCUUAAUUC